UCUGAGGGUCUGAUCGGACAGCUAUUCGUUGAUCAGCUAGUUUCCUGCCAGAGGAAAGAUCUAUAAUCUGAGAAGAGCAGCUUUUGCGACGAAAAAUCGAGGCGGUCAACAAGCUUUCGGGUGCCAACACUCAUCUAGCAUCUAACGUCUCGUCAAAUCGUUCACUCGACAAUCGCCUCGUCAUGUCCGACCCACUUCACCAAUAUCAUCAUCAGCAACAGCAACAAAUGCACAACCAUCCUUUCCCCCUCAACCCAAUGUUCCCCACAUCCAAUAACAUUCCCCCUUCCUCUUCGAUGACGGGCGAGACGCCGAGAAAGGCUUACCGACCGCCGGCAUUACGGACGCAGGGGCACUUGCCGACGAGAUCGUUGGAAGAGUUGAGCGAUGCUAGUGGAGACGAAGGCGAGGUCGGGAGUGCGUUGGGGAGCGGGUUUAGUGCUGGGUACAGAAGGGCCAGGGCAGGUACCUUGCCAUCCACCCUCGAUGCGCCUUUCUCCGGCGAUCGUUACGGGUUGACCAACGCAACCACUCCCACCGCCCCGACUCAUCAACGAGACCUGUCUUUGGGUCCUUCCGACCUCAUCACCCGGUCCGGGGGUACGACGCCGAUCGAACCUCUUGAACGUCAACGACAAUUUCAAUACGCUCGACCCGGAUUGAGGCACUCGAACUCUUCCGCGGCGGCAUUGACCGGGUCGGGAUCGUUGAGCUUGGGCGGGCAGCAGGAUUCGCUUCAAGGCGCCCCGGGGCUGUUGGACGACGGAUUUCCUUCGGACGCUCAGGGACGAUUGAGGAGUGGGAGCUUGACCCGGCCCAACAAGGCGGUCGGGACCGUCUCGGACGCGUUCGGUUCAGGUUUCAGUAAUACGUGGUUGCAAAACCCGGCUGGGCGGAGCUCGAUGAACCAGGUCACCACAGCUCGAGGUGGGGCUUCCGGAAGGGGUGGCGCGUUACACCAGGUCACUUCCCGCGAGAGCAGUUUCAGCUCCGGUAACUCGAGCGGCGGCGGGGAAGACAACUAUCAGAUCUCUCAGUCCACGGUCGACUACCUCGGAUUGGCCGAUAAUAUGGAAACUCCCCGAGCGGCCACGUUUGGGUUCCAAUCUGGACCUGCGCCUCCCGUGCCUAACAACGGAUCAUCCGGCUUGGGUCUGCCUCGAGGUGCCGCAGGUGGCUCUGCUCAAGACUUGCAGAUGACCCCGACGGCAGCGACGAUGGUAGCGAGGAACAGGGCGAGCACUGUCUCGGUCCAACCCAAGUCCAGCGCCUCCUUCCAAGACCUCAUUUCUGCCGCCAAUCUCGGACUCGACAGGGACCCUACCCGGCCAGUCGGCUUGUUCGAUGGCGCUCAGCGAAACUCGGCGGCCAAUUUGCGAGCUGGUAUCGAGGGGAUGGAAUAUCUCGAGUCAGGAGGCAACAGCGGCAACCGGGAUCCUUACGGCUCUUCGGCCCCUCACUUUGGGAUGGGCUCGAGCGCUCAACUUCGAGGGUACAAAGAUGAUGGGCUUACCGGCUUAGCGAGACCCCGGGCGACCACGAUCAGCAUGCUAGACCAGCCGUCGGCGAGGUUGGGGAAUGUCGGCAUGCACGGUUCGGAAUUGAUGGACAGCCUGAUCGCGCCGUCAGCUCCUACGCCUCCCCCAAUGGGAAUGGGCUCGGGGUUGAUCUCGGCCAAUCAAGGAGGAAGACGGAGUGCGCUCGGUAACGAUGAUCAAGCGAGAAGGCGGGACCGGGGCGAAGGCGCCCGAACCGGACCAGGGGGUGCUGCGGGUGAUGGGAUGGCCGCUGGCCAGACGCCUACCAGGAGUAUCUGGUUGGGCAACUUGGACGUCAUGACGACCGCUCAGGACCUCUUGCAAGUCUUUCAGGGUUAUGGAGACAUCGAGAGCUUGAGGCUGUUGCCAGAGAAGUCUUGCGCGUUCGUCAACUUCAUCGAUCGAAACGACGCCAUCCGCGCCAAGGAAGACGUUCAACUCCGUAUGCACAACCUUAUCCCUACGCUCUCCGACACGCCCAUUCGGAUCGGGUUCGGAAAGAUCGACUCGGUACCUACCGCGCAGCCGUCGGCCUCAACUCAACAAUACUCAUUGAGCAAUUCGAGCGCUUCCAGCUUGGCCAGUCAGAGCGAUGUCGAAUCGGACGCCGACUCGGUUGCUGGGGAUAACAUGGAAUCCUCUAGGAUCAACGAGAGCAACUCGCCCACACGCGCGCUCUGGAUCGGGAGCAUCCCUUCGUAUAUCACGUCGAACACGCUCGUCAGCAUCUUUUCGGCUUUUGGAAACAUCGAGAGUGCCAGGAUGUUGCCCGCCAAGCAGUGUGGAUUCGUCAAUUUUGAAAGCUUGGAUGCGGCCACGUCUGCUCGGAACGCGCUCAACGGUCGCGAAUUCUUGGGUGCAGACAUCGGUCCUGUCAGGGUCGGGUACGCCCGAGCGCCUUCGUCGGGUCAGCAUGGUCAGGAUGGAUCGCCCUCGCCCAACAACUUCCCUUCCGUCUUCCAAUCGCAAAAGUCGGAAGACCCUGCUACGCACAGGCCCGCUGGAACCGCUCCGAUGACCCAGGAAAACGUCUCUCAUAUCGAGAGCUACGGCAACGAUCUGGUCCGCGACUUGAUCAACAAGGGAUCACCCAAUCCUAACCGAGACGUCGCCCCACCGGCGCAAACGCCACCUCCGCACCCUCCGGCUGAUGUCGCUGCCGAAGGUGAUGUCAAUGAGCAACAAAUGCUGAUGACCGUAUUGAGCCACGGGGACGCCAACCUCGCUGCUGACGUUCAGGCGGUGGGCAAACACUCUGAAAAGUCGGCGCUGUAUUACAGCUAUAUCCCGGUUGUUCCCGAUCGUUCGCAUUACCGCAAGUUUGAUACUGUGGCUCUCAAAGACAUUCGAAGGAGACUCGAUGGAGGCUAUUGCGCUCCCGAGGAGGUCGACCAGGUUGCCCAGGAUCUUAUGGAGGACUGCGUCGUGCUGUCGUCGGAUUAUAUUGGCAACACCAUCAUCCAAAAGCUAUACGCCAGCACGACGACCUCUAUUCGCAUGGAAAUGUUGCGUCGCAUCGCACCUCAUCUGGCACUCACGGGAACACACAAGAACGGAACGUGGGCCGCCCAAAAGAUCAUCGAGUGCGCUACUUCCGAGGAAGAGAUGUCCAUUAUCUCUCGAAACCUGUCUCCCUACGUACCGCCUCUCAGCGCCGACAGCUACGGGAACUACCUGGUCUCUGCUUGCCUCAAGUUCCCUUCGCCAUUCAACGGAUUUGUGUACGACGCCAUGGUUGACAGGACUUGGGACAUUGCCCAGACUCGGUAUGGAGCUCGUUGCAUGCGAACCUGUCUCGAGAGUCCCCAUACCUCCUUCUUCCAAAAGAAACGACUCGCUAGUGCCAUCAUCUUGCAUUCGAUCCCAUUGGCUACCAACCCGAACGGAGCGCUCCUGUUGACGUGGUUGAUGGAUGCAAAUGAGCUGCCUGGUCGCUAUGGCUUGCUGGCCACCCGUUUGGCAAGCUUUGUCCAGCACCUGGCGACUCACAAACUGGCCUCCCUGACAAUCCUGCGACUUGUCAACCAGAAGAAUGAGCCCGAUGCAGCCAAGACGAUGAUCGACGCCAUCUUCCGGUCCGCAAACGAUCAGACGCUACGAGAGAUCUUACAGGACCAGGUGCAUGGAGUCCAUGCCGUCUCGAAGAUGGUGUGUUCGGACGCCAUCAUCCCUCCGGACGAGAAGCCAGAGAUUCUGGCUGCCGUCAAGCGUGUCCUUGAAGACAUGAGGAACGUCUCGGGUCUGAACUACAAACGUCUUCUGGAAGAAUGCGGACUUCCUGUUCCAGCUGCUCCUUCUGGAGGUCCUCGUUACCAGGGUGGUCGCAGGGAAGGUAACCAUCGUCACCGAGAGCAGAGUAGCAACAGCCUUUACAACGGAAGCACCGGCACAAACCCCAACUACAGAGGGCGCGGCUACAACAAUGGUAGCAAUAAUGUCGGCAAUCCUGGCCCGUCGAUGGGUGGUUUCGACUCGUACGGUAUGAUGCCUGACAUCAACCAGAUGAUGAGCUCGAUGCAGGCGUUCCAGCUGGGUCAAGGUAUGACGGGAAGCUUGAGCCCACUGCUCGCCAAUCAGCACAGCUUCGGUCAAGUGAUGAACCCGGGACUGCCGCCAUUGUCGCCUACGCCCACUUUGGGCUCUUUCGCGACGCCGCAUGCCCAGCUGAUGAGCCCCAACUCGGAUCCCUUCAAUCCUUUCGCCUCUCCCUCUCAGUUGCCUCGCAACCCGAACGCUCCUGUUCGAUAUCCGACCCCCAUCCGUCGAAGUCCGGCUGGCUUCGACCUCUCGCCGACUCUCGGCGGCUUAGGGAUGCAACCAGCCAACAGGGACGAUCUUCACCGUAGUACCUUCCCUGGGUUUGCCCCGACUUGAAGACGCGACACCCUCAAAACGCUG